ACAGGCCAUCCACCAUUUUACCCAUAAGAAUAUCAAAAAAGAGAGAAUCAUCGGCCAUUGGAGGAGCUGCCCUCCUCUCUGAAUCCUCCUCUAUGGUUGAGCCUUGAACCCUACUCACAAAUAUGGCAGUUUCUCUGAAUCUUCUCACCGGCUUCAACUCAACGAAGUUGCAAGCCACUUACGAGAACAUUUCAAGAUCCACAUUUCCGAAGGUCAGCAAAUCGACAUCCUUGUAUGCCACGUAUGGCACAACAAGAGGAAUUGCAAAGGAGAGAAGACAAAGACUGUCUCGCUCACUUGCAGCUACAGGAAGCAACCAGGUAGACACGGACACCAAUGAGAAGAGUGCUGGAAUUACUGGAAGAACUCCUUCUGAUAACAUUUCCUCAGCUGUGAAUCAAUCGCCUUCAGAUGAGAAUAGAAAUCCUCAACUAAUUGUUAACAAUGAGGAGUCUUCUUCUCAAUCGUCUGAAGUUUCCAAUGAACAAGUAAUGUCUUCAGAUGCAAGUUCAUCUCCUGAUCCACAAUCCACAAGAAAAUCUCCUCUAACUGCAAGAGAAAGACUAAGGGCAGCCCGUGUUCUUAGCCGUUACAACGAUUCAAAGACCACCAAAUCAGACAUGGGCAGCAAAGUAUUGGAAGCGUUACGAGAGAGUGAUCGUGGUAAGAAAAGGUCGAGGCUUCCCGAAGCGCCUACUAAUUUGUUUGACGACAGCAAGCGAGGGAUGCCAAAAGCAGGCUUGACUUUUCAGUUCCCUGGGGGUUCAGAUCUGUUCGUCAUUGCCUUCUCGUUCGUUUUCAUUAGCUCAGUAAUGUUUGCUACCACUUACAUUGUGUGGAAAGUUGGUGCAAUCCAUUUUAAUGAGUAUUGAAGUGUUCUGCAAGGAGGUUAGUUCAUUCUCUCUUUUAAAGCUGCCACUUGCUACAAAUAGUUCUUUGAUCUCCCUCUAUAAUGAAACACUUGGAUGCUCAUAUUUUGCUAGAUUCCUGUCUUUAAUGUUUUCAUAGUCUUCAAUGUAUAGUAGCUUUUCGCUCAUUUUGAUUUCUGUAGUUUUGUUCGAGUUCUUAAACAAGAAACUACAAUUGAAGUUCAUCUUUGUG